AUGGCCAUCUCUCUCUCCUCCUCUUUCAAAACCUGCAUUCUCUCACUCUCUCUCCUCUCCUUCUUCCUCUUCUUCCUCCUCACAACCCCAACUCCCAAUUCCCCAAACUACCCUUACCCAUCUCCCAUAACCCUCCACAGGUCCCUCAUCGCCACCGCAGCAAAAACCCCACCUUGCUCCUCCGCCGCCGUAACCCACUCCGAUGGCCUCUUCAACUACCUCUACCUCCACUUCUGCCUCUUCCGCCAAAACCCAUUUCUUUCUCUCUCCUCCCUCUCUCUCAUCCUCCUCCUCCUCUUCUACAUCCUCAUCAAAACAGCCCAGGAUCACUUCUCUCUCGUCACCACCAAGCUCGUUUUUGCCCUCGAUUUGACCCCCAGCAUGGCCGCCGUCACCCUCCUCGCGCUCGGAAACGGCGCCCCUGACGUCUUUGCCUCGGUCGCGGCGGUCCGGACGGGGCAGUACCGAACCGGGUUCGGCGCGAUUCUGUCCGCCGGCACUUUCGUGUCGGCGUUCGUGGUGGGGUUUGUGGCGAUUUACGCCGCGCCCUUUCCGCUCAAGCCGGCGCCGUUUGUGAGGGACGUGAUGUUUUAUCUGACGGCGGCGCUGUUCUUGUUCUAUGUGUAUCUGAGCGCCGAGAUUUAUCUGUGGCAAGCGGUCGGGUUUGUUGGGUUUUACUUAUUUUUUGUUGGGUUGGUGUUUUGGAUGGAUUUGGGAAUGGGAGGAGGAGGAAAGGAGAGCAGAGUUGAGGCGGGCUCGGUCGGAGACAUUGAAAUUCAGAGGGGUUUGGUUGCACCAGAUUCCAGGAUCGGACAUGUUUUGGAGAGUUCAGAGGAUCGGAAGGGGAGUUUCGGAGUUGGGAGAGCUCUUGGAAUGAUCUCGAGAGCAUGGGAGAUUCCCGUCUCAUUUCUUUUGAAGCUCACAAUUCCCCAAGCUUCACCUUCCGAAUGGAGCAGAUUCUACAUGUCAGCCAAUAUUGCUCUUUGCCCUCUCGCGCUGCUAUAUGCUUGCAACUCAUUCAUGCCAUUUAAUCACCCCGUUGUCUUUCUCCUUUCAAACACCCAUUUGCCCCUAUGGCUUGUAAUCCUCUUGGCAAGCUCCUCCCUCGCACUUCUUCAUUAUGCAGUAGAAAAAGAGCCCCCCAAAACCGAGCAACUGCCUGUAUUGCUUAUAGCAUUUGUUAUGAGUGUCUUUUGGAUAUCCACGACUGCUGGUGAAUUGCUGAACUGCCUCGCUGCACUCGGAACACUUCUAGAGUUGCCGCCUGCUCUUCUUGGGCUCACAGUUCUUGCAUGGGGAAAUUCAGUUGGGGAUCUUGUUGCUGAUGUUGCAGUUGCCAAGGCUGGCCACCCUGCAAUGGCCAUGGCUGGAUGUUUUGCUGGGCCAAUGUUUAACAUGCUCAUUGGACUUGGAACUGCCUUGGUUAUACAGACAUAUGAUGUCUAUCCCGAGGCAUACGAGCUUCAGUUCCAUGUGGGUAUAGUGAUUGCAUUUGUUUUCUUGCUUCUGAGCCUGAUGGGGUCUCUAUUGGUCAUUACAUGGUGCAGAUUUCGGGUGCCUAGGUUCUGGGGAUUCUGUCUUGUUGGUCUCUAUGUUGUUUUUAUGGCAGUUAGUUUGGUAAUCGCCAAAUUUACAGGGUGAUUCCAAGUUCAUUUAUAUUGGAUCCUCCAUUGGAAAAAUACAACAAACCAGGGAAGAUAUGGAGCUACCACGUGUAAUCUCGAGCUUGAUCAUGCUAACUCUGACCUGGAUGGAUUGUGUAUAUCAUACGAGCAUCAUUCAUCGAAAAAUUUCGUAAAGAAGUCGUGGAUCAAAAGGUACACUGCAUUUUGAAGGAUCAACAACCCUUUUUCGAGUCUUUCCUGCCUGGAUGAAAGCGAUCUGCAGCUUAUAGGUUCAAUUGGUUUUUUGUUUCGACAUUUGAUAGAUGAAAUUUUUUCAGACUGCUAGAAGUGUUAUGGCAUAAAAGGCUUUGGGUAGUGCCGGAAUUAUGGCUCUUGUACCACUUGUAACAUUACUAAAUGUGGCAAUGGCAAUUUACACUCUAAACCAAUUGUGUUUGCAAA